CAACACUUUGGCCCGUCCCACCGACCUCUUCACACCCUCGGCCUUUGUGUCCCCUCAGUGAGUCGUGCAGCCAUCCGAGCUCUGGCUGGAUCCCAUCCGUCCCGCAAGACCGCUCUCCUUGCUGACACGCUCGAUCAGGUCCCACCCAUAUCACCUCCCGCAGGUUCACCCCGGCGGUAUAACAAUGAGCACCAUGCACUCCUCGGUCCUCCCUCAGUCGUCGGACACCAGCUUUGACUACUUCGCCCAGAGCUCGCUUCCCUUGACCAGCCAGCCCUCCGCACGUGACUCGCGCACGCCGCGGACCCUCCCAGCGCCGCCGUCGUCGUCACCCUCUGCGCAACGUUCGAGGAGGCAGGGCGCCAUCCAGCGACGGAGCCGGUCACGCUCGGUCACGUCCUCCCGCCGAAGCCGCGCGAACACGCCGCAGCCCCAGGAAGCCGUCAUGCCGCCGUCGGGCGCCUUCUCGUACAAGCCGACGAAGCACCUCGCCGACAUGUACUGCAACGGCCGGAGGGUCUUGCCGAUGUUGAACGUCCGGCAACACAAGAGCUUCGACAUCGCCCCCGACGAGAGCAAGUACGUCGGAUACCGGAGGAACUACUUCUGCCUCGACACCGCCUACCAUCUGGAGCUGCAGCCCACGCCCGAGAACCCCCACGAGCGCGAGCUCGCCCGCGGCCACAUCACGGUCAACGACCACAUCGUCAAGGCCUUCGCCAUCUCCAUCUCCGGCAUCGACAACUCGCACAGCGGCAAGGUCGUCGAGCUGGUGCAGUUCUCGCCCAAGCGCGACCACGGCAAGAAGGGCAGGCCGCCGCUCCACCGCGUCGCGCCCACGCUCAGCGAGUUCGUCUCGCCCCUCGGGAACGGACCCGCCGCGCACGCGCUCCGGUCGUCGUCGUACGCGGAGGGGCCCAUCCUGCAGUACCAGGACGCCCGGGACCCUUGCCAGCUCGACAAGAGCCUCUACGGCCACGGCGAGGAGGUGCCCGACGGCACGGUGACCAACCACACGUGGGAGCGCAUCCAGUUCAAGAACGCCACCGCCAACAACGGCCGCCGCCGGCAGAACCAGCAGGCCUUCAUGGUGGUCGUGACCCUGUGGGCCGACAUCCGCGAGACGCGGGAGAACGGCCGGACGCCGUACUGGCUCCCCGUCGCCAAGUGCCACAGCGACGAGGUCGUCAUCCGCGGGCGAUCGCCCAACCACUACCACCCCAAGGGCGGCGGCGCCUCCGCCGCCGCCAGCGCCAGCAUCUCGCGGAUGCAGCUGGAGGCCCCCACCCCCCAGGCGAUGGGCCUCGGCAGCGGCAUGCGUCUGUCCGCGGGUCACAGAUCGCACGCUCACUUCCCGGCCUUGACCAACUCCCACCACGCCACGAACACGGUCGGCAAUUUCCGCGGCCAGGCCUUCAGCAGCAACAACGAGUCGACCUUCGGCCAGCUGCGCACCCACUGGUCCGACACCGGGGCCUACCCCAGCGCCAACGCGCACCACUACGGCGGCGCAGCACAGCCCUUCGACCCGAGUCGAGGCGCUGACCGAGACUGGGAGUCGGGCUCGGAGCCCAGCAUGCCCAUGGAGCUGGACCCUCUGCUCGAAGAAGCCGGGCCAGCAGAGACGAUCGAGUCCCCGUCCCUCUUCGACGGCUCCCGGCGUCGCUCCUCGUCGCUCUCCCACUCGGCCUUCAGCCCCAGCAUCGCCGGGACGCCCUUCACGGUCUUCAGCCCACACGACCUCUCCGCGCUCGCGGAGUCGCCCUGCGCUCUCGCGACAUCGCCGCGGAGCGACGCAUGGGGCUCGAUCGAGGGCAUGCGCCCGAUGGACCUCGCCGCCGCCGCCGACCACGACGCGUCCCCCUUCUCGCCGGCCGGUCACGAUUGGACCGCGGACUUGGAGGAUGGGUUCGGCGACGCGUCGAUCCUGUUGGUCUCGCCGACCCUCGCUGCCACGGCGGCGCCGGAGCAUCUCUCCUCGCCGUCGUAUCCGAGGCUCGAUGGUGCUGCUGCGUCGCCGCAGUCGGAGCACUAGUCUUCAUGUUCUCGUGCGAGCGAGGAUAAAGUAUUCGGCCGUGCCUUUGUCGUCG